AUGAAGCCGCAGGUGGACCGGGUUGUCACCCAAGCCAAGGCCGCGCGCGCUAUGCUGCGACCGGUCUUACAAUCCAGGCUGCAGCUGCGGACGAAAGUAGGCAUCUAUAAGACCUACAUUCGUUCGCGGCUCACAUAUGCCGCCCCCGCAUGGUACGCACUGUGCUCGGCCUCACAGCGGCGGAGACUGCAGGUCCAACAGAACGCCGCCCUCCGUCUGUGCACAAAUGCCGGACGGUACGUCCGUAAUGACGUGAUCGCCCGCGACCUCAAGGUCCCAUCGGUGGAGCAGUUCGUCGUCCGGUUGACGCGCGCGAUGUUCUCGCGCGCGGACAUCGGGCGCGAAGCGCACCUGCGCGACCUCGCCCCUCUCCACGCGCGCCCACCGGACGCCACUCGCGCGCUCCCGCGCGACCCGGCUGCUGGGAAGCAGCCGGCUUCCGGCUGGCCGGCAGGCCGGCCGGUAAACGAACGACGCUGGGGUGGUAUACCCCAGCAGUAUGCCCGGGUAAAGAGCGUCAGCUCGGGGCCCGUACCCAGCGGUCCAUUUCCUUAA